GCGAAAACAGCCUACUCUGCACUUAGUGAAAGGAAAAAUUAAAUACUAGUUUCUCAAAUUCCCAUCGUGAAAUCUACUCUCAAUCCCCGUGUAUCUGUUUAUGAUGACGUCAGCUCAGCGUGCGUUUGUGUCCAAGUUGACCAAACAUCACUCCUCGGACAUUCGUAAAAAUGUAGCCAACUAUCAGAUGAUGUCGAAAAGCGACAGCAGCUCCGUGUGUUCGUCGUCGAUAUCACUGUGUGAUCUCGUGGAACCGAUCGAUUACGAAGAAUUCUUGGCGCAGCACUCCAACCUGUUGCAGAAAGAUCCAUUGAGAUCUAUUUUAGAUUUCCCUCCCAGCGAUGUACAGGUGAAAAUUGUGCCUCGAAAAAUUCGAACAACCAAACAUGUCAUUCCAAAGGAAAGCCUGGACGAGCUACCGCUAUAUGUGCAGCAUUGUGUCGAUUGUUUUACCAGGCCUUGGAAAGUGGUGGAAUUUUCAUCCCGACAUCAUUCUGGGUCAUGCAACGCAUUAGACCGCAAGGAAAAGGGAGCACUCAGCCCAAGCUCCUCAUAUCAAGAAUUCGAAAUCGAUCGAGACCUGGCAGUGAUGAGCAACUCCUUGGAAGAAUCCGUUACGUCUAGCACACUGUACGUCAGUGAGAGCUGUACACCCAGCAGCCGGCAGUCGAUCGCCAGUCUUUCAUCGGUAUCGACUUGCACGGAUACGCUAACGCCUCGUGGGUCGUGGGCGUCCUUUGAUCUGCGAAGCUCCGUGAAUGAUCCGCUGAUAACGGGUGUGCUUGACCGUAUUUCACCAGAGAGAGUAGAUCAAAGCAAUGAAUUGAAACGCCAAGAAGCGCGCCAGCAAGCUCUUUUCGACUUAUACCCGAGCGCUGAGCAGUCGAUCGAGAAAAGACUCCCAGCAGAAGUACCGAUGGAGCAUCUAGGAAAUCGUAUAUAUGUCAAGUGCUUGCAUUUAAAACUGGAACUGGAAGUGGAACCCAUUUUUGCCUCAAUGGCGAUCUACGAUGCCAAAGAAAAGAAAAAAGUAUCGGAGAAUUUUUAUUUUGAUAUGAACUCGGAAUCUUUGCGGCGUAUGUUGAUCAGCCACGUACCAUUAGCUGAUAUCAGCACCCAAGCCCGAGAGGCCGUUUUCGACAUCACGAACCCAAGUAACGAACUUUACCUCGUAAUAAGAUUGGAAAAGGUACUUCAGGGUGACAUAAAAGACUCGGUUGAGCCCUAUCUUAAAGAUGACAAGGAUAAGUACAAAGAUAAAGCAAAAUCGAAUGCAUCCGAUUAUUGCGAACGGCUGGGCAAGUAUAGGAUGCCUUUUGCCUGGACCGGUAUUUAUUUGUCAGGCAUAUUCAAUGGAGACAGCGUUGAUAAAGAAGAACGUGAAAGUAUCGCAUCAGCUUCAAGUUCGAAUAGUUUGGAUCGUAAAUCCUCUACCAGUAGCUUCGACCAGUUCCGUAAGCGUGCGACGGAUAUGGGAACACUGACGCGUCGUGGUUCAUUAGAAAGAAAGAUGGAAAAGCGUCGUUCUUGGUCACCAGAUGAUUUUGCAAACAGUAUCGAAACUUUCCGACCGAUUGCUAUCACAGUAGCAAGCUUCUUUAAACAAGAAUCGGAGAAAAUGAAAGACGAAGAACUGUAUAAAUUUCUACCAGAAUUGAAACGCCCUGCUGCAUUAAUGAAGAAGCAUAAAUGCAUACCCGGCUCUAUUAAAAUUGAGAUUUCACCGGCACCUGAGGAGCUGAAGUAUGCACUAACACCGGAACUUGCCAAAAUAGACCCUUAUCCCGACGGGCAUACGCGUCCAGUAAAAGAAGUUCUAGAGUUUCCGUCAGCACCAAUCUUCAAUCCCCAUUAUUCGUACCGGAACCUGCUAUUCGUCUCAAUGAAAGAAUUAAACUUCUCAACAAGAGCAGGAUCUGCGCGCAACAUUGCCGUUAGGGUGCAGCUGAUGGCCGGUGAAAAGCAAUCAGAUGCUCUGAAAGCUAUUUUUGGCAAAAGCUCAUGCGCAGAAUUCAACACGGAAGCGUACAGUGCAGUUAAUUAUCACAACAAACAACCUACGUUUUAUGACGAGAUCAAGAUUGAACUACCCGCGAAUCUCAAGCAAAAUCAUCAUAUACUAUUUACACUAUUUCAUGUGUCCUGUCAAAAGAAACCACAGGAAGUACAAACGAACGUCGAAACACCGGUCGGGUACACGUGGCUACCGGUGCUCAAGGACGGUCAUCUGAACGUUGGUGACUUCAAUCUGCCCGUGAUGGUAGAGGCACCGCCAGAUAGUUAUUCGUUCAUUCCUCCUGAUGUACAACUUCCUGGCACCAAGUGGCUAGACAACCAUCGACAGUUAUUUUCAGUUACAAUUGAUGCCGUUACAUCUGUGCACUCGUUGGACUAUUAUCUAGACAAAUUCAUCUUCAUGUGCGAAUGUCUCGAUUUGCGCAAAGUUCCACCACGCAUUGGCGAAGGAAAUAUGGAGCGCGAAUUCAGAAAAACGCUCGUU